UGUGCAAACUAAUAUUCCAAAACUUGUUUUAUGUGUUUUAUUUUAUUAAAUGUUUAUUGCUAUAGCUAUCGUUCUUCUAAAUACUGCUCAAAAUGCCUCAAAGCGAAGCUGGAAGGACUCCUGGAACAGGAGAAACAGGACCUUCAUCGGACUUUGGAGCGUGCCUUGUAUGCAACUCGAUGGUAAAUUCGCCUGAAAACACUACGGAUAUUACGAUUUGUGACAUCUGCAAAUCAAAUAACCUGUUAAAAUCCGCAAAAACAAAGAUCGCCUUCGUAGAAGUUUUGGAUAAUCACUCAGGGCUAACAUUUAUUGAGUCAAUCUCAGAGGAAAAGCUAUCCGAUUACAGUGAAGGAUCCCCGGAAUCAUCCGAACUGAAGCCAAUAACCAGACUGAAGAAAAAAAACUUCCAGUGCAAUGAAUGCGGUAAAACGUUCAACUGCAGAAGUGUAUUGGAAAUUCACCAAAGAAUACACUCGGGUAAACGACCCUACGAAUGCAAGGAGUGUGGAGCAUCUUUUCGACAAGAACCACAUCUGAAUGACCAUUUGCGCAUCCACAAUGCCGAGUGGCCCUACCACUGCGACAUCUGCACGAGCACGUUCCGGCAAAAACAACACUUGAAGCAUCACAUCUUAGCGACUCACCAAGGUGUGACCCCAUUUGCGUGUCCACAUUGUCCAAAGCGAUUCGCCCGUCGACAGAACUACAAACUGCAUCUGAAAGUGCACAGUGAUCCGGAGUUCCAGUGCGCCAUUUGCGAACGCAAGUACAGAUUCAAACAGAGUUUGCAAAACCACAUCCGAAUGUAUCACGAAGGCUCGGAGCUGCAGAUCCGUCUAGGAAUUAAGGAACGUAAGUUCAGAUGCGAAGCAUGCGGAAAGAAAUUGUGCUACCUUACGACGUAUAAUCGACACAUGGAGAAGCAUGCCAGGGGUUGUUGAAUGGGGUGAGUUUUUACUUGAA